AUGGGGAUAGAUAGGCUAUCCUUUGGGUUUCGUGUGUUUGCGAAGUACGGGGUGCUGAAGAAGUGGAGGGUUACCGAUGUUAUUCUAUGUCUCAUAUUAUUUGGAGUGAAUAUUCCUAUAUACCUAGCCAAGCCGUUCCAAAGACAGUUUACGGUUAACGACCUGACGAUUUUACAUCCUUAUGCAGAACACCAGAGGGUGGGCGAUUGGGAGCUCAUUGCUUACAGUUUUGUGAUUCCCUUUGGGGUUAUCCUGCUUCUGUCGUUGGUUCUAUCCGAUUCUAGACACAGAUUCUACAUUAUGUAUAUCUCUCUUCUUGGGUUAUUUUUGUCCUAUUUGUCGAAUAUGCUAAUCACAAACUACUUGAAAAAUUGGAUUGGACGCUGUAGACCAGAUUUUAUUGCUAGAUGUCAGCCUCGUGAGGGUCUACAGAAUGAUGUCCUUUAUACAGCAGAUGUCUGUACAACAGCGAAUGAGGAUCGGCUCAUGGAUGGAUUUAGAACUACCCCGUCGGGCCACUCAAGUCAGAGUUUUGCAGGCUUAGGGUACUUGUUCCUAUGGCUCUCGGGCCAGUUGCUAACUGAAAAGCCGCUGGUAGGUUCGUGGAGGAAGGCCGUUGCCUUCAUUCCAGUGAUGGGUGCCGCUAUUAUUGCCCUUUCAAGAACGCAAGAUUAUAGGCACCACUUUGUUGAUGUCAUAUUAGGAAGUCUACUAGGAAUGUGGUUCGCCUGGUGGGCUUAUAGGAGGAACUUCCCUCCAAUCGAUUCACGUGUUCCUUUCAAGCCUCUAUUGGAUAACAGUGAUGUUGAGCUAGAAUCAGAGGAACUUCCUCCAAAGUCUGUCGAUGAGGAAAUGGCUCCGUUAACCUUGCCACCUACUCGCUGA